ACAACAGUUUCUGACAUAGUGUCGAAGAAUUAACAGACAAGUGAAGAUUUCAAAAUCUGAUCAUCAUUCAUCAAUAUGCAGUCAGCAAACAUAAUAAUUGGAAUUGCUUUAUUGGCGUGUGCGUACGCGCAGGUGUCUCAGCCACCCCACUACAAAGACAAGUAUCCAAAUAAAUACCAGUUCGUCAAGCAAGCUCGUCAUCCCCGUGACGUAACGUGGGAUAAGAAAGUUGGAGAUGGCAAGGUCUUUGGUACUCUCGGCGAUAAGGAUGACGGCAGUCUCUACGGUAAAGCCGGUUACAAGCAAGAUAUAUUCAACGAUGAAAGGGGAAAACUGACUGGAGAAGCUUACGGUUCCCGUGUGCUAGGUCCCAACGGUGGUAACAGUUUCUUGGAGGGUAAACUCAACUGGAACAAUGCUGCGAAAGAUACAGAAGCUAACCUGGCAUUGUCAAGACAGAUUCACGGAAAGACUGGCGCUCAAGCAGACCUCUCCAAAGUCUGGAAUUUGGAUAAGAACACGCGUAUAUCAGCCGGUGGUGCCAUCUCUCAAGCUGAUCUAGGACAUGGCAAACCUGACUACAGUAUUGGUGCUAAAUUUGAACACUUCUUUGGCGGUCAUUAAAAUUAUAAUUAUUGUACUAUAUAUUAAUCGUAUAUAUUUUAUUUAUUAUUUAUGUUUUCUGCGUGCAAAACAUGCUUUCUGUAAACCAAAUCUAAGAAGUAUUUAUAAUUUAAUGUAUUUUAAUUUCGCUUAUAGCUUUAUGUAGGGAAUUUCAUGUCGUAUACAGGUACAAACUUUCCUAAAACCAAGAAAAUAUCUUCACUUGUAUAUUAAUAAUAAUUCCUGUAUAACCGAGUGAUUGAAAACUUCACUCUAUUCACACUAAAAAUAUAAAAAGAUAAGUAUGUUUUCGUUGUUAAUUUUCUAAUCCUUAUCCAAGAUCAAAGAAAAAUGAACAAUCUACUCUUCUGAGUAACUACUAGUGUAGAAGUACCUACUUGAGCUGUGAAACGCAAUUUUCUUUAAACUAAUUUGAUUUUAAGGUAGGCACUAAUCCCAAUUUACUUUUAAUUUAAUUAAUAUUUGUGAUUGCCUAGUCAUAUCGGUUAGUGUAAAAAAACAACUUGUACAAUGAAAUAUAUACUACCUACAUACAAACUGA